UUAACUGUAGGGUCCUACAUUCAAGCAAAACUACCACACAAAAAACAAGAGAAAAAACCUUACCCGUUGCAGGGUAUCCCAACUUGUCUAUAUAAUUAGGUAAAUUGAGAACAUAAACUCAAAUCAAAGCAAAGCAAAACAAAACAUUUAGCCAUUUCCAAUCAAAAUUCACAUGCAUGGCUCCUUCAACAGAAUCUGAUAAACAACAUACCAACGGAAAAGACAAGCACCUUAAAGAAGGAGAAAAAGAAGAAGAUGCGUUCGAAUUUAGCAUGCAAAUAGCAGGUUCAAUUGUUGUACCAUUAGCUUUGCGUUCAGCAAUUGAUCUUGGCAUAUUUGAUAUUCUAAGCAAAGCUGGUGAAGGUGCCGAGCUAUCUACACAAGACAUUUCCCUUCAAAUUGGAACCAACAACCCACAAGCACCAACAAUGUUGGAUCGUCUUCUUAGGUUGUUGGCAAGUCACUCUAUUCUAAACUGCUCUGUUCCUCAACAUCCACAAAACCCUCAAAGACUCUACAGCCUCUCCCAUCGAUCCAAAUAUUUUGUCUCCGAUGCUGAUGGCGUCUCUCUGGGACCCACCAUGGCAUUACUUCUCGACAAUGUCUUCUACCAAAGCUGGUCGGAACUGAAAGGAGCGAUAAUGGAAGGUGGCAUACCGUUCAAUAGAGUAUAUGGAAUGAAUGCUUUUGAGUACCCACGUGUGGAUCCAAGGUUCAAUGAGGUUUUCAACAAAGCUAUGGUUAACUCAACAACUAUAAAUAUGAAAGGGAUUCUUAAUUGCUACAAAGGUUUCGACCACGUCACUAAGCUGGUUGACGUUGGUGGUGGUCUUGGAAUUAACCUCAAAUUGAUCACAUCAAAAUAUUCUCAUAUUCAAGGAAUUAACUUUGACUUGCCUCAUGUUGUAGAACACGCACCUCUCUACCCAGGUGUGGACCACGUGGGAGGAGAUAUGUUUGAGAGUGUUCCUUCAGGGGAUGCCAUUUUUAUGAAGUGGAUACUUCAUGAUUGGAGUGAUGAACAUUGCUUGAAAGUGUUGAAAAAUUGCUACAAAGCUAUUCCUGAGGAUGGAAAGGUUAUUGUGGUGGAUUCAAUCCUUCCUAUUACGGCUGAAACAACAACGAGUGCAAAAUCUGCUUUCAUGUCUGAUCUUUUAAUGAUGACUCAAAAUCCAGGAGGAAAAGAAAGAACUGAGCAAGAAUUCAUGGAAUUGGCAAAAGGGUCUGGAUUUAGUGGCAUCAAAUUUGUAUGUUGUGUCUCUGGACUAUGGGUUAUGGAGUUUUAUAAAUAGCUAGCUAGCCACGUCUUGGCCCUUCAGCUUUGUGUUGUGUGCUUCAUCAAAUUAAGGUUUAUAUUUUGUGCACUAAAAAUUAUAGUUCAGCCGCUAGUCAUAUGAAGAAUGAUACUUUUGGCUCAUGUAUUAAUUUGCUUCUAUUUGUGUAUUGGCUUUUACUUCUUUGAAUUGAUUAGUUUUUUUUUUUUUAAUAAAGAAACGGCUUACUAAUAA